AUGAGCCUGAUUUUAACUUCAACGCAGGUCAAUUCUUCCCCACUUCAGACAAAGGCGAGCUAUUCUUCGUGGGCGUAUCCAUUUUCAAAUUCUUCGAGCUCCCCAGGUAACUGCGGUCAGCAACAGGCAGCUUAUGAUACUCACAUUCUAAGAGCAAACUCUCUAUCCAUCCACGGCGGUUCCGCUGGAUUACCAGCCUACUCAGCGGUGCAGCCAGGGCUCGAAUACGGAACUACUUCGGAGCAGCACGCUCUGGCUAACAGAACCUCCUAUUACUCUCCAAAUUAUCCCUUUGGAUACGGAGAGGAAGGAGUGUAUCAUCUUCCCUUUUCCUCCUACGUUCUUCCAAGCUCUACUGGGGCAGGAGGAGUAAGUGCUGUUUGUGGUACUUCUCCUCCAGCGAGGAACUGGCGAUUGCCAACGACACUGGAUCCUACAAAUGCAGGGACGUACCCCGAUCAUGACGGAAGCGGUUCGCUAUCGCCGAGUUUUCCCUUUCUCGGACGCCCAUCUCAAAAAUGUACGUCCAGUGAAACCGUCACGCUCUUUCCCGUCAUGAGCUCACUGUCUUCGGGGCAAGAUAGAACCUUGCCUAACCCGGCAACUGGUCGAAACAAUACCCUUGCGGCUAUCAUGGAAAGUACCAGUUCGACUAGCCCGACUGUGUGUUCUAGCAUUACCGCUACAUACAAACAAGCCUACCAACUGGCAGCUGACAGCGAUAUUACACGGCCCAUUACGAGCAGUGAUACUUCUGCAGCUCUCUCGGUGAAUGUCAAACUGUCCCCAAGCCCUAUUGAUUGCGGGUUUGGAUAUAUUCCACUUUCCAGCGCCCUUCAAGCCUGCGUUACUUCUGCCCCUUUUCUGGUCAAUGAAGCUGUUGAUACUUCUGUUGAUGUUCAACAGGGCUCAGAUGAGCCGCACGUCAAUAACAAGAUGACCAGACUCAAAAGCUCCACAGAUACAUGCGUGUCAGAAUAUGUCCAUUCCACAAACAGGAGCCACCGACUGGGUUCGAUGAGGCCACCAGGGGGCAUGCUGGUGAGCGGUGAGGUGUACGAACGACCACAAUACACAACGUCUGCAGGGAACAUGUACUCAGUGGAGAAAACCGCUGUUUCUCCUCAAUUGACAACGGGUGCCUCGAGCUGCUAUUAA